AUGGGGAAACUAUCAACGCUGGAAAAGUUGGCUCUUGGUGGAGGGAAUUCUUGGGAAGGUGUCUUAACUGAAGCUCAUUUCCAAAAUCUUACGCGAUUAACAUUUAUAGAGUUGGGUAUCUCCACUAGAUGGUCAUUGGUUUUAAAUGUCAAACAUGAAUGGGUUCCUCCUUUCAGCUUGACAUACAUUGUAUUCAAUCGCAUGAAGAUUGGUCCCAAAUUUCCAGCAUGGCUUCAAACUCAAAAUGAGCUCAACUCUCUUAGCCUCGUUGAUGUUGGCAUUUCUGAUACCCUUCCGCAAGGAUUUUGGAAUUCCAGCUCAAGUCUUAGCUAUUUGAGCCUUUCCCAGAACCAAAUUCAAGGACAGGUACCAUACUAUCAAUCUUAUUCUAUUACAUAUUACUUGGAUUUGAGAUUCAACAAUUUCGUGGGGCAGGUCCCACUUUUUCAUAGCAAAUUUAUGACAGUUUUAUAUCUUGAAGAAAAUAUGUUUUCUGGAGUUGUCCCUGAAAACAUAGGUGAACUAUUGCCCAAUUUACUUCACUUGGUCCUCUCUUCAAAUUUCAUUACCGGUAGAAUUCCACCUUCUAUUGGAAUACUUAAGAGCUUGGAAAUUCUUGCUUUGAGAAAUAAUAGCUUGUCUGGGGAACUCCCUCCUCAUUGGGAUGAUAUGCAGUCAUUAUACUUUUUGGACAUAUCACGCAACAAUAUAUCCGGUAAACUUCCAAGUUCAAUGCGAUUUUUGAGUUCACUACAGUGGUUAUCAUUGGGACAAAAUCACCUUGAGGGGGAGCUCCCUUCUUUCUUGAGAGAAUGCACAAAAUUGGUAAGCCUUGAUCUUGGAGGGAACAAAUUCUUUGGAAACAUACCAGUAUGGAUAGGAGAAAGCUUAUCAAAUCUAUCAAGGUUAAGCCUAAGAUCCAACUUGUUUGAUGAAGUCAUACCUCAACAAUUAUGUCUUCUUUCAAGCCUUCACAUCCUUGAUCUUGCACAUAAUGAUUUGUCAGGAGGAAUCCCUCAAUGUUUAGGGAACUUGAGUAAAAAUGGUGAAAGUAAAUUUGCUAAUUUCUUGGAACAAAUUGCAAUAUUUUAUAAAGGAAGAGACUAUCUAUAUAGAAACACAAUUUAUCUUGUCCAUUCUUUAGACCUUUCAGGAAAUAAUCUAUCAGGGGAAAUACCUGAUAGUAUAACAGACCUUUUAAAACUCAAUAUCCUAAAUCUCUCAAUGAAUCACCUGACAGGAAAAAUUCCCAAAAACAUAGGGAACUUAAAAAGUUUGGAAUCAUUUGAUCUCUCUAAAAACCAACUUUUUGGUCCCAUUCCUGAAAGUCUGUCUUUUUUUACUUUCUUGAGUUACUUGAAUUUGUCAUUCAACAACUUGUCUGGGAAAAUCCCAUCUGGGAAUCAACUUCAAACCUUAACUGACCCUUCCAUCUAUCAAGGCAACCCUUUGCUUUGCGGACUUCCGCUUUCCAAGAAGUGUCUAGGGGAUGAAACUGAUCCUAGAACAACUCCAAAUGGCAGCGGCAAUGGAGAAGAUAACAAUGAUGGAAUGGAAUUUGGGUCGCUAUCAUUCUACAUUAGCAUGGUAGCUGGCUAUAUUGUUGGAUUUUGGGGAGUUUGUGGCACACUAAUUAUCAAAACAUCAUGGAGACAAGCUUACUUUCGAGGCUUUGAUAAUUUGAAAGAUAGGAUUGUUGUUUUCAUUAUGGUUAAAGUUGCUCCUUUGAUAAGGAAGAUUAAGUUCGAGAGAAAUUGA